GGGGGCAGCAUGGCGGUGUCAGCUAUCACCGGCUUCUCGCUGGUCAGCCUCCUCAGCUUCGGCUACCUUUCAUGGGACUGGGUCAAGCCGGGCCACCAAGCUGAUGGGCCUCGGGCCUCUGGGGACAAGCCUGCCCCAUCGCCCUCGCAGUCUGCAUCCCCACCUGCGCCCCACAUCAUCUUCAUCCUCACUGAUGACCAAGGCUACCAUGAUGUGGGCUACCAUGGCUCAGAUAUCCAGACGCCGACCUUGGACCGAUUGGCCGCCGAGGGAGUAAAGUUAGAGAACUAUUACAUCCAGCCCAUCUGUACCCCUUCUCGAAGCCAGCUCCUCACUGGCAGGUACCAGAUCCACACAGGACUCCAGCACUCAAUCAUCCGUCCUCGUCAGCCCAGCUGCCUGCCCCUUGACCAGGUGACGCUGCCACAAAAGCUGCAGGAAGUGGGUUACUCCACUCACAUGGUGGGCAAAUGGCAUUUAGGCUUCUAUAAGAAGGCAUGCCUGCCCACACGACGUGGCUUUGAUACCUUCCUGGGCUCACUGACGGGCAACGUGGACUACUACACGUAUGACAACUGUGAUGGGCCUGGUGUGUGUGGCUAUGACCUUCAUGAGGGUGAGAGUGUGGCAUGGGAGCAGAGUGGCCAGUACUCUACCCUGCUGUAUGCCCAGCGUGCCAGCCAGAUCUUGGCCAACCACAGUCCCCGCCAGCCUCUCUUCCUCUACGUAGCUUUUCAGGCUGUGCACACACCCCUGCAGUCUCCCCGUGAGUACCUGUACCGCUACCGUACCAUGGGCAACGUGGCUCGGCGCAAAUAUGCUGCCAUGGUGACCUGUAUGGAUGAGGCUGUGCGCAAUAUCACAUGGGCCUUGAAGCGUUAUGGCUACUAUGACAAUAGCAUCAUUAUCUUCUCCACUGAUAAUGGCGGCCAGACUUUCUCUGGAGGAAGCAACUGGCCCCUGAGGGGCCGCAAGGGCACCUAUUGGGAGGGUGGCGUGCGUGGCAUCGGCUUCGUUCAUAGCCCCCUGCUCAAGAGGAAGAGGAGGACGAGCCGGGCACUGGUACAUAUCACAGACUGGUACCCUACACUGGUGACACUGGCUGGGGGCAGUGUGUCUGAGGCAGAGCGGCUGGAUGGUUACAACGUAUGGCCGGCCAUUAGUGAGGGUCAGGCUUCACCUCGCAUGGAGAUCCUGCACAACAUUGACCCUCUCUAUAACCAUGCCAAGCAUGGCUCCCUCGAGGGUGGCUUUGGCAUUUGGAAUACCGCUGUGCAAGCUUCUAUUCGGGUUGGUGAGUGGAAGUUGCUGACGGGGGACCCUGGCUACAGUGACUGGAUCCCCCCCCAGACUCUUGCCAACUUCCCUGGCAGCUGGUGGAACCUGGAGCGGUUGGCAGAUGGCACCCGCCAGUCUGUGUGGCUCUUUAACAUCAGCGCUGACCCUUAUGAGCGCGAGGACCUGGCAGCCCAAAGGCCUGAUGUGGUCCGUGCCUUGUUGGCUCGGCUGGCAUAUUAUAACCGGACAGCCAUCCCCGUGCGUUACCCAGCUGAGAAUCCUCGGGCCCACCCCGACUUCAAUGGGGGUGCCUGGGGCCCAUGGGUUAGUGAGGAAGAGGAAGAAGAGGAAGAGGAAGAGGAAGAGGCUGGGGAAGGGAGGGUCCGGGGUUCUCGCCGGGGCAGAAAGAAGUGCAAAAUCUGUAAACUUCGCUCUUUCUUCCGCAAGCUCAACACCAGGCUGAUGUCCAACCGCAUCUGA